AUGAAGAAAAAGGCUGCCGAAAGUCAUCGUAUUUUGGUGGAAGUGUAUGGUGUGCAUGCUCUAGCUGAGCGUACGUGCCAGAAGUGGUUUGCACGGUUUAAAAGUGGCAAUUUUGACUUGGAAGACGAUGAACGGCCCGGACAGCCAAAAAAGUUUGAAGAUCACGAAUUGGAGACAUUGCUCGACCAAGAUCCAUCCCAAACGCAAGAAGAACUUGCAAAAUCACUUGGCGUCGCUCAACAAACCAUUUCCGAUCGUCUAAAAGCAAUGGGAAUGAUCCGGAAGGUAGGCCAUUGGGUGCCGUAUGAAUUGAAGCCAAGAGACGUCGAACGCCGAUUUUUCGCGUGUGAACAACUGCUUCAACGGCACAAAAGAAAAUGUUUUUUGCAUCGACUUGUCACUGGCGAUGAAAAGUGGGUCCAUUACGAUAAUCCAAAACGUCGGGCAANCGGAAUGAAACGAUUACAGGGGAAGUCUACCGACGACAAUUGAUGCGUUUGAACCGAGCAUUGAAAGAAAAACGGCCAGAAACUGAGACCAGACACGAUUAUGUAAUUUUGCAACAUGAUAAUGCUCGGCCACAUGUUGCACAGGUCGUCAAAACCUACCUUGAAACACUCAAAUGGGAUGUCUUACCCCACCCGCCGUAUAGUCCAGACCUUGCGCCAUCCGAUUACUAUCUCUUUCGAUCAAUGCAACAUGGCCUGGCUGACCAGCACUUCUCCAAUUAUGAAGAAGUCAAAAAUUGGAUCGAUUCGUGGAUAGCGGAGAAGCCGGCCGAAUUUUUCAGAAAGGGUAUUCGUGAAUUGCCAGAAAAAUGGGAAAAGGUCAUAGCUAGCGAUGGACAAUACUUUGAAUAUUAA